UUUUUCAAUCAUCAAUUCCGUUGUUUGUGUUAGAGAUUAUAUGUCUUGUCAAACAUACCUACCUUAAUUACUAGCUUUAGUUUUCUUGAUUUUAGUGGAAGUUUGAGAAAUGAAUAGAUUUUCUUUUUAUGUACAUCGCUUAUUGCAUUGAAGUGGUUGAAGGUGAUCAAGGGAUGGUAGAAAUGGUUGGUGGUGCAGCUAACCCUGAAAACAGUCCAUCAUUAACCCUUUUAUUAGAAGGUCAUGAAGCAGAAAAUGGUCAUGGUGUUGUGACUACUUUAGAAAGUAAAUGUGAUGAGUUUAUAUCCGAUCUAACAAGUAAGGAAGAGGACAUUCAAGGACAAUUACAAUUGAUGGAGUCACGUGGCAAGGAGCGCAAGAGAAACGUUGAUGAGUGGUUGAAAGAACUACAGAACAUGAAACAAAGAGCUAUCGAUGUGAAAAAGUAACUGAAUCAGUUUAGCUGCUCUAACUUCAAUGUGCAACAUGUACAAUAUAAUUUAUAUUUUUUGAUUUUAGAGAUGGAAGCGCAU